UAUUUAAGCAGCUUCUUUUGUUACCCUUGUUUAUGUGGAAUAAAGUUGUCAUUUCAUUUCACCAAAAGUUUAUUGAGCAUCCAGUAUGUGCUAGGCACUCUGCUGGAUGCUAGUAAUACAAAGAUGAAGAUGAAAACAACACAAAAACAAACAAACCCCACUUCCUUACUUACCCCUCCCCACCCACAAUUUAAGGCAGAUUUGGCUUAAGCCUGGCAAGCUGGCCCCUCAAGGAUUCAGCACCAGGGUAUGGCAUGUUCUCAUCUCACCCUAACCUUCACCUGUGCAUCUCAAGGCUGACCAGCAGGUACUCCUUAUCCAAGUCCUGCUGCCUCUUCCACCUUCCUGAGAAACUUUUCCCCUACAUGCAUUAUAUCAUUAUGGAUGAGGCACCUGGGAAGUUUAGGGGAGCUGUGAAGGCACACCUGCUCAAAUGAGCCUGGGGAAGCGCCGAGGGAUAGGGAGCUGAGACAGGCAUGCUGUUGGGGUCAGGGCAGAGGGGGCAAACUAGAAAUGUCAGUGCCUUUGGGGCUGAGACAAAACUUGACCUAGUGUGGAGGUGAUGGGUAACAGGGGCCUUGGAAUUGAUCCACGGGUUGAUGGCGAAUCAGAGCUGGAGUUUAGGAGGCUAGGGAUGCAAGGAUGCUUGGAGGCAUUAAGGAGGAGGGGACAGAAUACACAGAGGGCCUCCUUCUCUUUCAGCUUUUUAAUUGCCCUCUCUCCUCACGCAGUAGAUUACUGCCACUCCUAUGAACUGUUCAAUAGGUGGUGGCAUGGGCAUGUCCUGGCUACACAGUGGCCCAGCCUCUUUAUUUUGAUGUUAGUGUGAUUAGGGAGUCUGCCCUUUUUCUGUGCCCUGGGACCUGAGCAUGUGGGAGCAGGGCAGAUGGGUGGCAGGAGGCCAGAGGUUGGAUCAUGUUCCCCUGAAAUGCUGGGAAGCAAUAAGCCUCCUCCUCCCCCGCUCCCCCCACCAUUUCUCUGGAGAUUAGGACUUAUUCUCACAGCUGGAGGAAGCUCAACAACUUUCCUGAGGACAAUGAUUGUUUGAAAGGCUUGUUUUGUAAGGAAGCCAGGACGAAUAUAUGAGUUUGAUGAGCUAAAACAGUUUCUUACUUGGUCUGGUUUUCUGGGCCAGGGGAGUAAGUGAAAUUCACUCCUCUAUAAGAAUAAGCCCAUCCAUCUCUUUUAUUCAUGAACAGAGACAGAAGGAAUGCUUGGCAUGGCAUGCCUCUGAGGGAGGCUCUGGGAGGAGGCCAAGCUGGCAGGCUCGGGUUCUUUGCCCUUGCUAGGGCCCAGGUCAGAGGGAAAAGGAAUGUACUUAUACCCUUCCCUCACCACUUUGUAGGUCCCCAGGUACCAGAUGCCCAGGGAAGAAGGCCUUCACAAUGACCCCCCAGCUCAGCACAGCUCCUGCACACCGAGUAACCGGCAUCUGGCUUCUCCUUAGCUUAGUGCAGCUGUGGAUUUUGGGAAAGUGGCCUCUCUAAUCUAAGCUUGCAAAAAAAAAAA